GCACCUUGGACAGAGACAGAGGGACGGAACUGAGCGGAUAUGACCCACACAGUGUACCUCAGUGUCCUAGUGGUUACCUUGGCAACAGGCUGCUUGUCAAAACCAUUAACUGGCCCUCACAAUAACGGAGGCAUUAUUCUGGAACGUACUGCCAAGUAUCUAUCAGGAAAUGGAGCAGUUUCACUGGAACGCAAAGCUGCAGCUUUAAAAGCAGAUGAUCUGAUAUCCAAACUGCUAUCCCAGAUUCAGGAAGCUGGCUCAUUGAGCCAUGCUGACCGUUAUCAGGUCCGUGAUGUGCUGCAUCAGAUGCAUGACCGAGAUUACGCAGGUUGGAUGGACUUUGGCAGACGCAGUGUGGAGGAAUAUGAGAUGGAUUCCUAAAACACAGACCAUCAGCAUCAUCA